CAUCAGCAAUUCAUGGACAAAACAGGAGCGAAAACUACUAAGCAGCUUCGUAUCUUUAAACAGCAUAACAGCUCGAUCACUCCCAACAAAAGCUCAAUGAUUCCACAACUCCUCCGGCACAAGCAACAUAUCACAACAUAAGCUUACUUGCUUGAUUGAACAUGCAUGUACUAACGCCACAUUAUCUUGUCUAUCUUCCCCGUCUCUCUCCAAAAUCUUCUCUUUUUUACUUCCAAAAUCAUACAAACCGAGCAAUACCCAACAGAGGUAAUUUGAGCCUUCUUGUGUAUGCUCCGCAGUCUCUUACACCAUUCUAUAGGAAUAUAAAGACGAAAAGAAGAAACAAUUUAACCCUUUUGAGAGCUAGCUGGAGAGAGUCUCCUUAUGAGGUUUUAGGUGUGUCUCCUUCUGCAACUGCUGAUGAAAUCAAAAGGGCUUAUCGGAAACUUGCGUUGAAGUAUCACCCUGAUGUCAAUAAAGAGGCAAAUGCAGAAGAGAAAUUUAUGAGGAUCAAGCAUGCAUACAGUACUUUGCUGAAUUCUGAAUCUAGGAGAAAAUAUGAUUCUGGAAACCGCACAUCCGACUUUUCCUACUCUUCUGGUCAAAGAAGCCAAAGCACAAAUGUUCAAGAUGAAGAAGAAUUCUAUGGAUUUGGUAAUUUUUUGAGAGAUGUCCAAGUAACAGUAGAGGACUUCUUUAAAGACCUUCAAGAGGAAUUCCGGUAUUGGGAAUCAAGUCUUGCUUCACAAGGGAAGCCAAAGAGUCUAUGGGAGGAAUUGGCUGAAAUUGGAGAAGAAUUUGUGGAGUUCCUAGAAAAAGAGCUCAACAUAACUGACGCAGAAUCUGAAGCAAAUAACACCUGGGAAGGGCUUGGAAAAGGCAAUCCUUUUAACAAUUCAUCAACAGGGAGAACAGAUAAUGGCAUGCAAAGUGAAGCUGAAAAGGGAAACAGCAUUGAGGAGAACAUUGAUGACCUAGAAGCUACUCUAGCAAAAUUGAAAAAGGAAUUGGGUCUAUAGCAAAAAUCUGCAACAUAUGUACAAUCAAAUUGAUUCUUUAAUGCUGUAUUUUUGCCAUCGAAACCAUAUAUUAAAAUGCUUCGUUCAAACUUCUCUAAA